GGGCGCUCCACGGCGUGCGCCCCCUAGGCCUCCCAAACUGUUUCCAAACUGCCCAGACCGGAGGUCGGCGCGUGGAGACUCGGCGAAAGGGCUGGGUUUGGAGGGGGCGAUUGUGUGUUUGAAUACUAGGAGCCUGGGGCCGGCAGACGUCGACCCCAAACGAGUUGCAAUCGAGGUAUCUCCGAUCCCGCUUCCUCUUCGGCCCGCACACCCCCUCCCUCCCUGGAGCUGUACUGGGGAGGAGAAACCAAGAUUUGGAACCACGUUAGCCUUCACAUUCUUGGGAGGAUACAGCCCUCGCCUGGACAUGGAAGAUAGCUCUUUUUUUUUUUCUUUCUGUUUUUAUUUUUGGAGGGGAGCGCCCAGUAAUUGUCCUGAACACAUGCUUCUUCCUCCCUCCUUCCUCCAGCCACCAGCGACAGAGAGUCCCCUUUUUUGCAUUUAUCAUUUUCCUUCCCCUUUCUUUAUUAAAGGUCCGGGAGUGGCGGCGGCCAAUCAGCGCUCGGCUUCCAUUUUGUGAGUUCAACUCAGAAGCUUCCCCGGCUUCGCGUGGAUAUGUUUGCAGACCCCUCGGCCUCUCUUCUCGGGCUGCCGAGGCGAAGCAGCCGCCUCUUUGGGGCUUCGUGGUGGUGUAUUUCAUAUUGGGGCUCUUUUCGGGGUUUGUAAUUUGGCCGUGGGUAGGUAAUUGGCUGGAGCAGGGCGGCAGGGCGCGGCAGCCAAUCAGCACGCGGCUUCUAUAGGGCUUGAGUUAUUAGACGCUGAUCUCAAAACAUCCUUCAUCAGACUCCAAGGAGAGGCCAACAGAUGAGGGGAGCCAUUUUUCUGCAAUGGAAUUAAAUGGCCAAGUGGGUUUUUCCUUUGUUGCAAAUGGGGAAUGCUUUUCCUUUGACUCCACCAUCCAGUUCAGGACGCCUGAAUGUGUUUAACAUUUGCCAAAGGACUCACACUUGGAAGAAUGAAGAAGACCUUUUAAAAAGAUCUGGAUUUUUCCUUAUGACUUGGAAUCCAUCUUUGUCUUGUAUAACUAGGUCAUAGUACACUAUUAAUGUCAGCAGUUAACAGUUUUGAAUUCAAAAAAACCUAAGUAAAUGACAUAUUUAAUUUUUUUCCUCUUUUUUUCUUGGGUGGGUGCGGGGAGAGCUUGGAGCUGUCUUAAUCUGUAUUCUCUUGACUGAACAAUAAAUUUUUAAAUAUAGUUUCCUCUAUUAAACACUUAAUCUGGCCAUCUUAUUAACUACUCUUUUUUAACAAGGUAAUGUUUUAAAUGUAUGGUUGUAAGAAUAGCGAAAUGGCAGCCAACAACAAAAUUGUGAGCUGUUGUUACUGUUAAAUUUUCUAAAAUCCUUUUACAUUGUAAGUACCCAGUCCAUUCUGUCCUUACUGCACUGCAGUUUUCAUGUUACUGUCGCCUGAGAUGUCCUGAAUUUUCGGAACCUUCAUCUGCAUGUAUGUCUUUGUCUCGGUCUGAUGUAAGUCAGUUAAAAUGCUUUUAGACGUUUGCUUUUAUAAAGCUACGGUUUUUAGUUCAAGCUUUUUGAGAAAUGUUUACAGCAAUAGAUGCUGCUCAGAUUUCUUCCCAGUAACUCGUACACUUUCUUUGAAAAUCGAUCUAUUUUGAAGAAAAACAGCUGUUUUUCUCGACUUGGGUGGUGGUGGGGGGGUGAGAGAAAGGAAGACUUUCUUUACAAAGACUAAAAGCCGUCACUGAAAACUAGAUUAAAACUGGAAAACAAGUCCUAGCUGGUUCGAGCCAAACACCUACGUUAACUCGGUGGUGUUUCUUAUGGUGGGGAUGGCUGGUGAACUAUUUUGCCUUUUGUUUGAUUUGACCGUGUUUUCGCCUUUUGUUUCUUAAUGACGAUCACACCAUUGCUAAAUCCAGAGCAGUAAACAGUCCACAGCGAAGCCGCCUUUUGCCGGCCCAACCCUGGAAAGUUUGCAGUCGUGGAAGGAGCAGAAAUACCAUGAGUGUAACUUACAAAAAGGUAACAAAAGAACAUAACCCCAGAUUUUUUUCCCCAACUAAACAACCAAAACAACAACAAAAAAACUGUUAUUUUUAUAAUAACAACUCCAAAAACACCACCCAGCUUUUUCUUCUAGACUCCAUAGCACCGGGCUGAGCGGGUAAGUAAAAAAAAACUAAAAUAAUAAUAAAAAAAAUUUAAGUGCCUUUUGCCCCCUUCGAGGAAGUCUUGAUUGAGCAGGCCAUGGGCUGCAGAUGAUGGGAGCUGAGGUUUCUGGAGCUUGAGUUUGGCAACCGAUGACAGUGGGCGGGUGAGGGGACAAAGACUCUCCAGACCCCAUUACCUCUUCUGCCCCAAAGGCGAAGAGAGCAUCUCCCCAGUACCCUGGGGCAUCCAUGGAGCUGCCUUGCGCUAGUCCCUUUGGCUCGCCUCAGAUCUGAACCUUGGUGACAGAGAAGAAAUCGAAGUGCUUUGAAGAUGGAGGGGCUGGAAAGGCGAGGAAACGUUCCCACCCAUCCUAAGGUCUUGGCCGGAGACCGGAACAAUGUCUGGGUUAUCCCCACAGUAGACAGUCCUUGCUUCCUCUGGACAUCUGGAACAGGCCUAAUUUGGCUGACAGCUUUCCCACUAAGUGCCCUCCUGGCUCCCAACAAGGCCAGGUUGUCGAUACACUGGCUUCUAGAAUCUUUAUAAAGCCGGACGUGAAAGGAGGCUGGCCCUUCACCUGAGGUGACCUUGCAGGUCGUCCUGUCUGCAAAAAUUAGGCAGCCCAGGCAUCAGAAGAAGGAAACUCAUUAAGGCUGACCGUGCUGUCUCUUGAGUUUCUCAUUCGAAGUUGCAUUUUAAGAAUUUGUACUUCUUACAAGGUCCCAGGCACUACCAGUUUUCCAGACUCUCCCUGCCAGGUGACACCUGGGAUAUUACCCCGCUGGAUAGGUAGCAGUUGGCUUUGCCCUCCCGCGGCCCAGGAAGCUUCCAGCUGAAGGUGGUGUGGCCCUUGAUUCUCCCCCCCCCCCCCAAGUGUGUUCCUAGUUAUGUUACUUUGAUAAGCCAUUUGGCUACAGGUGCCACGGAUCAUGCUGCUUCCUCUGUUUUGGCCUGAGCUUCUAGCUGCUUGUCUUUCCGCUUGUUCCUCACCCCUACCGUUGAGUGCUGAAGUGUGGCUUGGGGAGCCUGGCAGGCUUCACGGAGAUGUUGGAGGCAUGUUGGUUCCUAGUCAGGGAUGCUUCAAGCCCGGCAGCUGUGGGGUAGUGACCUUAGAUCGGUGUUUCCCCUAUAAAACGAUCAUAAUAACCGCUGGAAAAGGUUGGCGGGAGGAUUAAUGGAGAUUAAGGGGGCCGCACUCCUGCUCUGGCGGCACAACUAGUUGGCCUCCAUUACGAUAGGGAUUGUUGCUGGGAGUGGCUGCAGGGGUGGGGGCUGGGCUGUGUCCUGGGCUCCUCCCCACCAGCCCACUUCCUGAAGCACGUGCUGGAGCCUCCGGGCAAAGGAGAAAGAAAACUGGCUCUACUUGGGAACGGGGCCAGCUGUUUUUCUCCCAGUGCAGGUUUUUUAGUCCAGGCUGUCCGGGCUCAAUGAGCUGCUCUGUGGUGGGGGUCGUGAUUUUUAAGGGUUACCCACCAGUGGCCCCAAGUGACGAAAAACUUCCCACCCAAGGUUAUGAGGCCACCACUGGCUGAGUCUGGACAGGGUUCCAGGUUACCUUGAUUUUCAGCCCAGAGCCUGGGCCCCUGACACCCCCUUGCCCAGCUGUCUGGGUUAUUUUAGGCACCCUCCGGUGCCAGCUGUCUGCUUCCAUCACUGCCAGGGUCUGGUAGCAAGGAACCAGGAUGGUCCCGUGGCUCCUGCUGGUAUAGAGGGCCAGCCAUGUUGGGAGGGCUAAACUCCUCACCCCAAGUGGGAAGAGCCCGGAAAAGCACUUUUCUAAGGUGAUUUGGUUCAUACUAUCGAUACACUUGUGAGCCUUUCUUGAUCUACGUAAGGGCUCUGCUUCUGCUUCUCUGGGGGUCUUUAUCUCCUCCGGCCCCAGACUAAGUGAUUUAUUUAUUUAUUGGUUUUUCGAGACAGGGUUUCUCUGUAUUGCUUUGGAGCCUAUCCUGGAGCUCGCUCUGAAGACCAGGCUGGCUUUGAACUCACAGAGAUCCGCCUGCCUCUGCCUCCGAUUGCUGGGAUUAAAGGCGUGCGCCACCAACGCCCUGCCUAAGUGAUUGAUGUAAGUGGGCUGUGUCAGCUGUACCCUGGAGGGCUACAGACUUUGGGGAACAAUUAGGUGCUAAACUGUGGUGUGGUGCUUGAAAGGGAACCAUAGAAGUGACAGGGCCAACUUGUGAUUACGGUCUGCACUUCACUUUUUCCUUUUUGUUUUUUGUUUUUUGUUUUGUUUUUUUCUUUGACCCCCUUAUCACCUCCUGGGCGGUAGGGUGGGGCAGUUUGUCCCAAAGUAGUUCCUGGCCCUGGGGGGGCCCGCCCACUGGUCACUCACUGAGUUUGCUUGGGGCGGGGCUGCUUUGGCCUGCUGAGAGAGGGCCACGCCAGCGGAAGGACUGCCUGAGCUGGGAGGUGGCUGGACUAGCUUCACUGCCCAGAUUCCAGCGUCUCCGCCCCUUCCGUCUCCUCCACCUGGCCUGGAGCCCCAGUUUGGAAUAUGACCUUUUAGACACUCUGGGUAGAGCUGGCAGCCAAGAUGGGAAGAAAUACCCCUCACUAUCACCUGCCCCAAUCGUGUUCUCCGAUUGUUCUGUGCAAGUUCCUGUGGAUGGGAACCAGGAAGGCUCUUUCUAACAUUUUGGUGUGACAGAGGAGGGUCUUGCCAUGUCCAAGAUAGUUCUCUUGACAGGCUGGGACUGUAAGUAAGUACACGUCCUUUGCUCCUGGCUUCUAGAAAUGACUUGCUCAUCCUCCACUUGUUCCCUGGAGCUGUUAGGCAGCUGAGACCUGGAGGGAGCUUGCCUAGCCAGGUGGAUAAGAUAGCACCCCAGGCACCCUGGCUUCACACCCUCCCCCCUUUAUCUGUUAAGGCCCUAGCUGGAGUCCUUAUCUCACUGCUAUUGGUACCAUCUGCAUUUGGAUAGCUAAAUAAUUGAUUUAUGGCCUCUGAGAAGGGGAGUGGCCCCUUAGCCUCCCCCAUCUAAAUUUGUACUUUGUCCUGCAAGGUUGAAGGCCUUCUACCUCUGCUCUCCUGGGCUUGCUUUCCCUAUUGGCCUCUGUCUUCCUUGAGACCAUCCUGCGGCUGGCUCCCUGAGUGAAUCUUCCCCUGGCACAAGAAGCCAGCCAGCCAGCCAGCCAGCCUCUGGGGCCCAGGACAAAGCCUGAAGAAGCCUAAGAGAAGAACCCUGGAAUCCCUGCAAAGGUAUGUGGAUCCCCGCUCACUCUAAACCUCCCCCUCUUUGUGCUGUUUUUACUCCACUCUGGAGUAGCCUGCUCUUCGUUCUCUGGGCAGUCUUGGCCUCUGGCAUGCUGUCCCUCCUUUUUUUUUUUUUUUUUUUUUUUUGCCAUUCUCAAAGGGCCACUAAGGUAUAGACCCAGCCCUUCCUCCCUUGCCUGGUUUUGACAGGACUCAUGUCUGUUGGGUCUCUUUGUAGCCCUUCUCCCCCUUCAACCAGCAGUCGGGCCCUAGCCCGUAACCUUGACAACCACUUGGUCCUGUCUCCUCACUACUGAAAACCUGAAGAGGGUUUUCCAGCUGCGGUACAUUUGCCCAAAUUGGGCACCCCUUCUAGCUUCCAUUGGCUCUCCCUCUGCCCAACUGUACCCAAUACAACAAACCAGCUUCCCUGGUCCCUUGGCUGUAACCCAAAAUUGAUCACACUGGUGCUGGGAGCUCCACCACACAGCUUCCUCCAUGCAGCUCCUAACAGGCAGGAAUACGGUUGCUUCUCAAUAAACAAAUCGCAAAAAAGGAAUGAACGAGUUGCUGAACAUUUGUCUAAGGGGCCCUUGAUCCAGCGACAAGAAGGGGUUUCUGCCCCCAAACUGGAGGUUGGUCCAGGUUUCUACUCCCUCAGUCCCUGUUGUCUUUUGAGUUUCCAUGGGCGGUCGCUGCUGCCCUCUGGUGGUACGGCUUUGCCUUGCGCCACCUGGAGGAAAGGGGAGGGGCGGGGAAACAAGAAACGACCUGGCAUUUAUGGAACCUCCCGGGUUGGUGGUUUGCUCCACAAAGUGAAAUUUCCUGGUUGUUUGCCGAGAACUUGUAGGGUAUCAUCAUGCCCCCGGGUCCGCCUAUCUCUGGCAGGCUGCAGGGACCCUCAGCUCAGUAACAGGAAAAGGAUGGCUCACAUGACAUCAGCCAACUAUAUCGCUAGUACUUGUUUGUUUAAGCUCUCAACCAAGAGCUAUUUGGAUGGUGAUGGGAGUGGAAUUCCUGGGAUGAAAGACAUGGAGUCAGAGGACACCAGAACACUUCUUGGUGGAGAUGGGGAUUAUCAGUUUCCGAAGCUUACGGAAGGGCCACAUGCUCGACAACCUGUCACAGUCGCGACAGUGUCAUGCUUGGGUUCACCCCUCUGAGCCUUGCUCAAUACUGCCUACGUAUUUUGAGUCAACUCUGGAAACAGGCUGUUCACCUGAAGCCAGUGCAGAAGGCGCCCCCCCUCCCCGCAGGGGGCUCCACGGUGUGGGUCAACAGAACGAGUGGGGAGGGGAGCGGAAUUCCUAUGGUCACACACUGACGAGGGCCAGUCUCAGACUAUGUGGAUACACGAUCCACGUUCUGGCGUCUUCUCGGGAACGACUGUAGCUACAACCCUGUUUUAGGCCCAGCUGGCCAACUAGCUGCAACGGCUGGAUGCGAACCCGGGUGCCGGGUGCAGCCGGCCAAUCAAGGAAUCGCUAUGGGGGUGGAGCCGGCCAAUCAAAGGGUCCUCGCCAGGAGGCGGAGCCUGACAAUAAAGGGCUGUCGGUGUGAAGAGGCAGAAACCACAAAUCCGGCGAGCUAGGGGUGUGCAGGAAAGCAUGGUGAUGGGGAUGCGCUGCGCUUGCGGUUCUGCAUCCGGUUCUUCAGUUUUUUUCAUUUCCCCGGGGACUGAGACACAAACACCCAGGGCCGGGACCAUGGCAUAAGGUAAUUGAGGCAGGGAGGUUGAACCCCGGAGGCUGCCUGGCAGAGGUGGUGCCGGCUGCCCGAGGGCGGAGCCUCGUGGCCCCGCCCUGAAGCCCCGCCCCCACCCUGUCGCUCAACUGGGCUCUAGCCAGAGCUCAGCAUCCAGCGCUGCGGGCUCUGGGCUAUGGACGCCCCGGGUGCUCCGGCCCCAGCCGCCGCCCCCAGCUCGGCAAGGAAGGAGCUGAAGAUAGUGAUCGUGGGUGACGGCGGCUGCGGCAAGACAUCGCUGCUCAUGGUGUACUGCCAAGGCUCCUUUCCCGAGCACUAUGCCCCAUCGGUGUUUGAGAAGUACACGGCUAGUGUGACAGUGGGCAACAAGGAGGUGACCCUGAACCUCUAUGACACGGCUGGGCAGGAAGACUAUGACCGGCUGCGGCCUCUGUCCUACCAGAACACACACCUCGUUCUCAUCUGCUAUGAUGUCAUGAACCCCACCAGCUAUGACAACGUCCUCAUCAAGUGGUUCCCUGAAGUCACUCAUUUCUGCCGAGGGACCCCCAUGGUUCUCAUCGGCUGCAAGACAGACCUGAGGAAGGACAAGGAGCAGCUGCGGAAGCUCCGGGCGGCCCAGCUGGAGCCCAUCACCUAUACACAGGGCAUGAGUGCCUGCGAACAGAUGCGAGCUGCACUCUAUCUGGAAUGUUCUGCCAAGUUUCGGGAGAAUGUGGAAGAUGUCUUCAGGGAAGCUGCCAAGGUGGCCCUCAGCGCCCUGAAGAAAGCACAGAGGCAGAAAAAACACAGAAUCUGCCUGCUGCUGUAACCCUGGGACAGACAGCCCUGAGUGGAACUGUCAUGGCCACGGACCCAGGCCUAGGCCACUCCUGGGACUCUGACCCAUCAGAGCUUUCCAAUGCCUGGCAUCUUGGGCUAGACUCUUGGAGCAUUUUCCAACUGUCCCCUUUGGGUUCGUGCUCUAGUUCAAGGGCGAACGAUGGUGUUAGACCCACCAAUGUCCCUCUUCCUUGGGAUUGGCACAUGUUCCUAGGCCACAAGAGGGCCCUUGUCACAGCUCCUUCUUGCCCCAGCCAUGCGUGUUUCCCUUUCCAAACCCAAUUCACGCUUGAAACUCAGAAAGGCAUUGAGAAUGUGGGCUAAUGUGGAUAUACCACGCCGUUCACAGGAGUCCCAAGCCCACUGUUCCUCUGUCACUGUCUCCCUGAGCUCCUGAGAUAGGCUCCUCUACAUCCUCCAGCCUCUUCCUUCUUCCCCUCAGGAACCUGGGGCCACAGCCUAUCAGGAGAACCCAGGCAUCAAAUCGGACAUGGGGCUGGCACCAGCUGCUCGCUCUGUACCACACUGAAGACUUUUGUCUUGGCCUGAGACAGAUGUUCAGGAGCCUAAGAAACGAUCUCUCAAAAGGUCAAAAUAUACUCAGGCCAGGCAGGCCUCCCAUCCGAUCCCUGCUCCAGGUCCCACCUCCAAACCCCCAGCCGACUUCCACACUGAGGACUCCUGAUGGGCAGUGCCUGCACCCCUGUCAGGGGCCUCAGGGAAAUGAGCCCUCUCCCUAGACCAUCCCCCAUCUGUAAAUGGCCAGGGUUGGGUCAUUGGCGUAGCCAAGCUCUUUCAUCUUCCACUCCACGCAGUCUCUACUCCUACCAGGUUGUAGGGCUUGGGAAUGGACUAUCCCUGCCUCCUUCCAGAACUGACAUGGUCACUCCUGGCCACACUGGACAGUUUUCCAGAACUGGCCUGCAGAUCACCAGUGUCUACGACAGCAAGAUUCUUGAGUUCUGACUUUUCCUUCCGGAAGGUCUAGAGUCUACAUUUCAGAACUUUUCAAGUCAAGGGUCCCAGGUGGCUUUAGUGCCCCCAGGAGGAAGUCAGAGUCUCCCAAGAAGAAACCAUGGCCUUGGCUGGCCCGUCUCUCCCAGUACCUCUUGACUCAGCCCCAAAGUCAGGUUGCCAAGGAAAGAGACUUCUGAUCCCCUUCCCCCAAGUGCCCCAGGGCCCUGCGGUCCCCUGCAGAGCCAACCAAGGACCUCUUGUUCUCUCAGAAUCAAAGGCCUUGUGAAUAAAUUAUGGUGUAGGGCAGAGGUCAACAAACCACAGCCUGUGGGCCACAUGUGGCCACUGCCUGUUUUUGUAAAUAAAGUUUUAUUGAA